UUUUUGUAUAUGUAUUUAAAAUGUUCUCUAAUAGCCUCUAAAAUUUUUUGAUGGUUAUAAUAAAAGUUAUAUUCGAAAAUUUCGGGCUGGUCAAAGUACUGAUUUUUAACAAAUAUAUCGAAAUAUUUGGCCAAUUAUCCCCUCAAUGUUUGUUGAGGGGUUACAAUAAAUACUCUAAAUAAUUUCAAAAUUUUUAAUAAAAUUAUUCUUUUUUGUUUUCUCUUCGACAAUCACCAUCCAACUCACGUUUAUUAUCGCUGGCGUCUCUACUCUACUAUGCAAGGCGAUGAUCGAACUAAAUGGCGUCUCGACAAAUUUAAAAUGUUUGAGGGCGGAAGUUGGUGGCAACCACCCCCACAUGCUUUAUUUGAAUUAGGAAUGCCUCCACAACUUUAUAAUACCGCCUAUGUACCGAAAAGACGACGUUCUAAUGACAAAAAACAAGCUAAUAAUGUACAUAAACGAUCAUCAUCAACAGAAAAGAAAAUAGGAGAAGAAAAAGAAGAAACUGAUGAAAGUAAGGAACGUGUAGAACGAAGGAAAAAAGCUUUAAAAAAUAUUGCCGAAAAAGAAGAACAGCGAAAACGACUCAAAGGUGUGUUGAAUGAUCAAUCACGAGAAGAAUUAGAGAAUCUACUCAGGAAUUUGACACCAGAAAAGAUUGCUAUUGGUGAUGCGAUGGUAUGGUGUUUAGAUCAUGCAGAAUGUUCAAAGGAAAUUACACAAUGCAUUUUUGAGUCAUUGUGCAUAAAAGAAACACCGCUACAUAGAAAGAUUGCUCGAAUUUACCUAGUAUCGGAUAUUUUAGCAAAUUGUGCGGUUCGAGUGAAAGAUGCAUUUUAUUAUCGUCAACAUUUUGGUGACUAUUUGUUAAAAAUUUUCUCUGAACUCAAUGAAGCACUUGAUUCAAUUGAAAGUCGGUUGAAAGCUGAACAGGUUUUUAAAAAAAUAUUUUGGAGUUUAAAUAUUUUAGUUUCGACAACGCGUCAUGCUUUGUUUUCGAAAUUGGGAGGACCAUGCUGUUUACCCAACACAAGACCUAAUCAAAUGGCAGAAUGUUUUCUUGGGCCUUUUAAAGACUGA